AUGUGGGAGAAGUUCGACAAAAAAGACGUCAGAAGAAGAACAUUGGUUUACUCUUACUAUCCGCCGCUCAACACGAGAGAACCGCAGAGAGACUAUGCAGGCAGAGCGAGUCUCGUGAACCAGGCUUCCCUGAAGUUGAAUCCAACCGUCUCAGGGGAUGACGGGACCUACGUCAUCACCAUCAUGGUGGAAGGCAUCGGAAAGGAGGAGGGGUUUGUGAAGCUUUCCAUCCUCGUCCCUCCUACGGUGCAGGUUGGACCCUCUGACCCCUAUGUGGUCACGUGGGGGCGAGCUGCCACCCUGUCAUGCGCAGUGCUAAGCGCCAAGCCCAACAUCACGGCCCUGCACUGGGAGAAAGAUGGCGAGAUCAUCGUCAGCUCCAGACUCGGGAAGAAAUAUUCCGGGGGAACUGUACAGGCGCCAUCUUUGUUGGUACGGAACGUCAACAGAGAGGAUGCUGGGAUGUACACGUGCGUGGUGGAUCACGUGGUGCAUCGGGUCACAGCAAGUCUUCUGGUGAAAGUUCUCUAUCCAGCUUCUAUAAUCAGCAUCUCUGACUCUAUAACUGCGGAAGAAGAAGACACGGUCACCCUACAGUGUGUGGCGGACGGCAACCCGGCUCCCAACAUCACGUGGUCUAUCGACGGGAGACCCCUGCCCACGCAGCAAAACCAAAUCUCGCGAGACAUGACGGUGGGAUCGGCUGUCUUGGAUAAGGUGUUUCUGAACGACAGUGGGAACUACAUGUGUACAACAACCAAUGGGGUGGGAGAAUCGAAGUCAAAGUCGCUCAGGCUCUCAGUUUCACUUCCACACAAGGGGUUGAGGAUGACCCCCUCCACCGUCGCGCUGAUCGUGGGGGUGUCUGCUGGCGGCCUGUGGCUGAUUGUCUGCGUCGCUCUAGCCGUGUACUUCUUACGCAGGCGCCAACGACAGAGAGAAAAGAAGAAGUUCUCUCUUUACUACAGUGCCGGGAGAAGAGAUCUUGCCGAGGAAGGAAAGGACGCGACAGACGGUGACAAGGAACCUCCGCCGUACUCAGCACUGUCAGCCAAACUGUCUGUACGAGGAUCGACACGCAGUGGCAUUAACACUAUGCGCAAGUCACUGGCAAAGAAAGACAGAAGAUACGCAUGCGUACUCUACUCGUAUCAUCCACGUGAGGACAACGAACUUCCUCUGGAACCUGAUGACGUCAUCGAGGUGCUGGAGGGGGAAGAUGGCGGCUGGUGCCUGGGUUACCUGAGGGGCAGGAUAGGCCUGUUCCCCUCCAACUACGUCAAGUUUGUGUCAAGCAAUGAAGUUGCUGCAAUGAAAUCCAGAAAGGCGCUGGAGACCCUGGAGUUGUCGGAUGCUCCCGGUUCUAAGCGAAGCAUAUGAGGAACGUCCGGUGGAAACUGUUACUUCUGCUCAACUUAUGAUGACCACGCCGCUCCGAAGGUCAUUAACGAAUCACUAACAUUAUAUCCAGUGGACAUAAACAUCAAGUUUCCUGUGACGUCACGGAUUUAAUGCGGUAACAGAUAUAUGGCAUCAAUUUUCUGAAGAUAACUUAGAAUAUCAACAUCUCAAUUUGGAUAGAACAUUAGCAUUCCUGUUGAUAGAGAACGAUUCAGUAGUCAAAUGGUUUUGUAUCUGUAGCCGUACAAAACACGAAAGUUUUCAUCAAUGAUGAUAUAUGCUAAAAGGACCACACAAGAUUAUGUUAUAACUGUUAUACCAACUGUACAAUAUUGAUAACUAACGUUUGAUGUGUAUGCUAGCUAUUGCCCAAUAGACAUUGUUAUCAUAAUUCAAACAAAGAGUUUUAUGGAUAUACUGUAUAAGUUGACAUUUACUUCACGGUCCUAAUGUAUAUACUACAUACAUGUUCCAGGCAUCUUUGUCAUGCAUAGUGUCGUGGACUGCUCUAUAUUGUAUAUUGCUUAGAGGAGGAUCUAAAAUUUUGUUUCUGAAAAAAAAAAAAAUCAAACAAAUUGCCCAUGCGUCCAGGGUUAGAAAAUACUGCAUUAUUGCCCUGGCCUAAGACAUAAUAGAUAUGGCGUUUCGUCAGCAUUUAGUUAACAGUGCGUAUCUUGUGCAUAGUGCAAAGUGCCUGUGUCAGUAAAGCGUUAUGUUGUCUAACUAGGCUCAGAUCGAGUUUGAAAGUGUGUGGGAUCUACAUGUUUCUAACUCUGUGCAUCAAUAAACACCAUCUAGCGGAAGCAGUUGGUAGUGCAACCCUCGCUGUUGUUCUGUGGGUGUAAAUGGCAAGGAGUUGCUAUAUAACCUCAUUGAUUAUGGGGACCUCUUGCGGAACUAGGGGGCAAUACAGUGGCGUGAAUCAAUCUAACAAUGUCCUUUUCCUUGAUUAUAAUAUCACUAAUUGUGAUGAUUAUGAAAUAUAAACAUAACUCAUUCUGU